UGUGAAACGUCAGGAAGCAGACGAAGAAAAAACAAGUCUAAAAUGGAGGCGGAUAUGCUUUUCUUGUAAAGCAAAGCACGGCAUAAUUUAAUUGACCUUAUAAUAUCGCGCUGCGCAUAUUAAUGAUUUUUGUCCUUAAUUUGCUUGUUAGUUAUAUCUUGUUAGUUAAAGCUAAUUAGCGUAACUUAAGGGCCGUAGCGCUAGCUUGAUGGUUAGCUUUUGCUACUUCCUAACUUAAAUCCCAGUAUAAAAUAAUAAUUCCUUUUAGUGUGGUGUGACCUGGCGUUUGUCAGGAUGAUCAAAACAGAAAACAUGGCCGAAGCGCCUUAUGAGUCGGUUUACUCGGUGGAUGAAAGUCUUGACAAAAAGCCCACACUGGACACAUUGUGUUGUUACUCUCACGGUAUAACCAAAUACGCAGUUGUAGUUUUGACCAGACUGCCUGAAUAUAAGAUCAGUGCCCUGCGACCACCGACGCCUCAGCAGUUCUACAGCGAGGACGAGUCGCUGAGCAGCUCGGAUUCCGAUAUGCAGUGGGAGCCACAAGGUCAUUCUAGCGAUUCGGACUUUUUCACCUCGGCCAUGAAUCAGAAAGCUGCCAAGGCAGCCACAGAAAGUUCAGUGACUGCCCCUUCCCCUCCACCAGCAACAAGCAAAACUAACACCGUCCCCAGGCUCGAAACGACCCCUGUAAUAAUAUCAUCAGCUUUUGCUCAUACCUCCCGUGAAACCACAAAUGUCCGUCCCAACUUGCCUGAGGAAGAGGUCAAAGUGGACAUGAUGGUGCUGGCACGAAAGAAGCACAUGAAGUGGCAACGGGGAAAAAUAACUGAGUUGCUUACAAAGGAAGAUGGACGGUUGAAAUACAAAGUAAAUUUUGAAGAAAAGGGCCGGAGCCUAGUUUCUGGACACCACAUCGCCUUUGACCACACACCAAAGCUAGAGCAGCUGUAUGUUGGUGCUCGUGUGGUCGUCCGGUGUCAAGAAAACAAAUUCAAAUUCUCUCCAGGGAUCUUGGCCGAGCUCCCCAGCAGAAAGAACCGAUUACGGUUCCUGGUCUUCGUGGAUGACCACACGCCAGUAUAUGUUGGUUUACCUUCACUUCACCUUGUGUGCAGACCAUUGGAAGACAACUUGGAGGAUGUACCUGAUGGUCCUCACAGAGAUUUUCUCAAACAGUACUUGAAAGACUGGCCUUACCCACAUUUAACCCAGUACAAACCUGGACAAACGUUUAAUGCGGAACUAAACGGAGUGCUGCAGAAGUGUGAGGUGCAGGUUGUGGACUCUAGCUUGAUACAGGUUGUUUUCCAGGCUAAUCAACAAAAGGAGUGGAUACACCGAGGCUCUAUUCGACUGGAACACAUGACAAGGUUUUUGGAACUGAAAGAACUUGGGAAUAAGAAAAAAGAGAAAGCUCAACCACAGAUACAAGUGACGAUAUAGCUCUGAAUGGAAAAGAGUCAAAUUUCAAUACUAUCUUCUUCAAGAGAUACAUCUUCUGCUCGGUAUAAAAGAUGUGUUAAGGGGGGUGAGUUUGCAUUAUUGCUUCAUUUUUCUACUUUGGUGUGUCAUGUAAGGUCACUAUCUUAAAAUAUACUGGACAAUUUGUCAUUAAAAUACAUUUUUGAGGACCAUAUUGGAACUUUGUUGAAAUAAAGCUGCAUGUUCCUUAGAAUUCUAGCUUGUUUUCUUUUAUUUGCUUUUCUAAGGAAAUUAAACCAAGUAUAUAACCCCCAUUACAGAUUAAAUUUUUGGCCUAAAGCAUUCUGGUAAGGGUACAUUAACAUAUUUUCUUUCUGUCUUUCAAAUAAAAUAUUACAACCAAAGUAGUUAGUAAAGUUAGAGAAGGCACUAAAUACCCAAUUUAGACACACAGACACAACCAUCACUGUAAAUGUUUCUAUGCUGUUUAACAUCCUUUGCAUUAUCUGUUUUGCUGUUUAUUUGACAGUGGGCCAGACAUUUUUCUUGAUUUUUGCCAAUUUAUCCACCUUUCAAACUUUUGUUUAAACAUUUUGUUUUAUAUUGUGAACAAUAAACAUUUAAAAUGA